UUAGCUGCUCCAUUCGUUUACAGACCUGCGUUUACUUACAGUGCUCCAGUAACUAAAACCAGAAAAAAGCGAAAAUUCUUUCCAACCAGUACCAUCCUGCCAGUAUCCAAACCGGUCAGCCUGCCGUCUGAGAACCCACCUUCCGUGGUUCAGCCUGGUGCCUCGGCACCCGCAAUUCAGCCUGAUAUCUCUACCCAGUCUGAUGUCUGUACCCAGCCUGAUGAACUGAUCCAGCCUGAUGAUCCUAUCAUGCCAGAUGAUCCAAUGCCUGAUGACCCAGUGCCCGCUGUCGUGCCUGAUGACCCGAUGCCCGCUGUCGAGCCAGAUGAUCCAAUGCCUGAUGACCCAGUGCCCGCUGUCAUGCCUGGUGACCCGAUGCCCGCUGUCGAGCCAGACGAUCCAAUGCCUGAUGACCCA